AUGUUGUUCAUACUGGACCUGCUGCUGAUGCUGAUCCACCUGACAGCCUCCAUCCUCUCCGCGGUCAUCAACACCGUGAUCCGGCCCAGACUCAAGUGCAUAGAGGGCGAGUUGUGUCUGAUCACCGGGGCCGGGGGCGUGCUGGGCCGACUCUUCGCUCUGGAGUUCGCCAAAGAAGGAGCGCAUCUUGUGCUGUGGGACUGCAACACCGCCGCCAAUGAACAGACGGCCGCCCUGGCGCGGGAGCUGGGCGUCCAGGUGCACGUCUACACCGUAGACCUGUCCCAGCGCCACAGCAUCUACCACACCGCGGACAGAGUGAGGCAAGAGGCGGGACAAGUGUCCAUCCUCGUCAACAAUGCUGGCGUGGUGGCCGGGCGGAGGCUGCUGGAGUGUCCGGACGAACUUUUGGAGAGGACGCUGUUGGUGAACUGCCACGCUCUGUUCUGGAUGACAAAGGCCUUUUUGCCUCAGAUGAAAUCCAGUAAUCAUGGACACAUCAUAACUGUGGCCAGUGCCCUGGGCUUGUUCAGCACAGCCUGUGUGGAGGACUAUUGUGCCAGCAAGUUUGGGGCUGUGGGCUUUCACGAGUCCCUGACUCAUGAGCUUCAUGCUGAAAACCUAAAUGGUAUUAAAACAACUCUAGUCUGUCCAUAUAUAGUGGACACCGGGAUGUUUGAAGGUUGUGAAAUAAGGCAGGAAUUACGCAGCCUAAUCCCCCCUCUGGAGCCGCUUUAUACUGUGCAACAGUCUAUGCAGGCUAUUCUGUCUGAGCAGCAGAUGAUCUGCAUCCCCCGCCUCAUGUACAUCCCCUUCCUCACAAGAGCACUGUUACCGUGGGAGGCCAAUGUUGCUACAUAUCGUUUCAUGGGAGGAGACAAGUGUAUGAUGCCCUUCAUAAAGAACACUGAACAGAAGAUAGCCAAUGGUGAUGUCAACCACAAAUGA